AUGCGGUCGAGAAGGGCCCAGUUCCUUCAGGAUUUAAAAGAUAAAGCUCAAAAUGAUAGCCACAAUCGCAGUGCAGCUGCCCGACAACAACAGCAGAGCAGAGUAAAUGUAGAUGAUUGUGUCAGCUUGGAAGCUGUUGGCAGGAGACUCCCUGAUGCUAGGGGAUACAAAAACAAGGUCAAUGACUGGAUGGGAGCAAAUGAAACCGCUGAGGUGCUCCCAGCAGCGGAGGAGCCCCUGGCACUGGAGCUCCCAGCAGCAUCCCCAGAAGCAGAGGCCCCACCAGAAAAGCCUGCUCCUGCAGCAGAGCCCCCAGUAGUGGAAACCCCACUAGUGAAACCUGCAGCAGAGCCCCUAACCGUUAUAACGGUUCAUAAUCCUGUGGUGCAGAGUAAGCCACAACAAGUUAAGCGGAAUUUAUUUGGAUUCACUGAAAAUUAUGGUGGCUCUAGCAUUACAGUAGACUGUGAGGUUCUUAAUUCAGCUCCACUUGGAGGUACUGUCAUAGCUGCAGCUCUACCAGAGGAUACUAAUGCAGCCAGUGAUGAAGAAUUACCAGUCCGCAGUUUUUUUGUUGGUGAAGUUGAUGCUACAUCUGACAAAAGCUCUACUAAAGGUCAAACGAAUGAGGCUUCUCAUGAACCUAUACCUUCAUCCCCCCCUGGAGCUGUGGAUAAUCAACAGGAAGGAAAUGGUCAUAUGAAUGAAGGUCUGACCGAACACACUGUCCUUACCCAUGAUGUUCUGGCAACACCUGUGAUAGGUGCUGCACCCACUAUCUUCACUACUCCAGAACAGAUUAAUUCUACUGCUUCAUCAGGCCAAAGGAAACGAACAAGAGCCAGUGGGGCAUCUUCUGAAAGUCCCAAGAGAAAGAGAUCAAGAAAUACUUAUCGCUGGAAAUCUACUAUUCGGAAACAACAGAAGAAUUUGGGUCAGCCAUACAUCUCUGUCAAAGGCAAAGAAAUGAAAGGAGCUGAAAUGAGAAACCCUUGUUCAUGUAAACACAACUGCAGGCAUAAAAUAACAGAAGAACAGAGGAAUUAUCUUUUUCAACAGUUUUGGGCAUCUGGUAGCCAUGAAAGACAGUGGGAGUACAUUCGCCAACACUCUACUUCUAAACCUACAAAUGAAGAAAAGGAAGGUUUUGUAGGUAAGAAGAAAUGUAUCAGAUCUUUCUUCUUCAUGAUAGAAGUCAAGAAAGGAGUUGAAAAUGAAAUUCAGAUGGGUGAGGAGUUUCUAGCUCAGAUAGAAGAUGAGAUGGUAACUGAAAAAAUACUUGUUUGCAAAAAGAUGUUUAUGGCCACACUUGGAAUCUGGGACUGUUGGAUUGAUAGUGCAUAUAAACAUCUAAAUCCUAAGAAGGGCAAUGUUGCAACUCCUGACAAAAGGGGUCGCCAUAAUAAGCAUUUUACCGCAGUUACUCCAGGAAAAAUAGAAACAGUAAAGGAGCACUGUAAUUUAUUUCCUCGUGUCCCAUCCCAUUACUGUCGGGAAAAAUCUAAGAGGGAAUAUUUGGAACAUGGUCUUAGCCUUAAUAAAAUGGCCAAACUGUAUGUCAAAUGGGCAGAAGAGAAAGGCCUUCCUAAAAGCAAAGUAGCAACAAUAAGACAAUAUAAAGAUGUUGUUAACUCCAAUUUUAACAUUGGUUUCUUUAAACCCAAAAAAGACCAGUGUGGUCUCUGCGCCCUGAUAAGAAGCAAACACAAUCCAAGACAUAUAAAAGACCAAUAUAAAGAGAAAUAUGCCGCUCACAUUAAGCGCAAGGAUUUGGUCAAGAAGAUCAAACAAAAGGACCGAACUGUCGCAGAAAAAGACAAGAACUUUGCAGUUAUUUCAUUUGAUCUUCAAAAGCAGUUGCCGUGCCCUAGAUCUGAAGUUGGUACAUUCUUCUAUAAAAAUAAAUUAUCUGUCUAUAAUCUCACAAUUUUUCACGAGGUAGAAAGAAUUGGCCACUGCUAUCUUUGGCACGAAGGUCUGGGCAGGAAAGGAAGCUGUGAGAUUGCAAGCUCUGUAAGUCAUUUCAUAGACAAGCUUGUCCAAAAGGGACACAAGGAAAUAACAUUGUAUUCAGACAAUUGCUCAGGUCAAAACAAAAAUAGAUAUAUUUUUGCCAUGUUUCAACUUAAAGCAGUUUUGCAUGAGGUGAAAAUCACCCAUCGAUUUUUGGAGCCUGGACACACUCAUAUGGAUGCGGACACAAUUCAUGCUAGGAUUGAGAAUUCUACUCGAUUGAAAGAAAUAUUGGAUUUUGAAGACUGGGUCCAAGCUAUCACUGAAGCCAAGGAGACUUUGCCAGCUUACAAUGUUGUAAGACUAAAGCAAUCAAUGAUUUUUGACUGGAAACAUUUAGUUUCUUUGCAAAAUUGGAAUAAGGAUAUGAAGGGCCAAGUAAUCAAGUGGAAAAAGGUCAGAGAAGUCAGCAUUGACGGGAGAGAAGGUAAUCUAGUCAGAAUCCGUUACGACUUAGAUGGAGAAAUUUGUACCCUUAGCCCAAAUAGAGUUGGAAGGCCUGUCAAUCUUAAAACGUAUCAGCCCCCAAGAAAUUAUGAUGGACCAAUUCCACUGCAAGCUAGUAAAAGAGAGCAUAUUCAAGAAUUUUGUGAUACCUUGGCCAUUCCCCUAGACAAGCAAGAGUUCUACCAAAAUGUUCUGGCAGGCACUGUGGAUGAUAAUGGCGACGAUUUGUCUGAAGUUGAAUAUGAAACAGAUGAAGAAAUCAUUGCUUCCCUUGAUCCAAAAGGUACUGCAGAAGAUGACAAUGAGGGUGAAGCUGCUGACAGUGAAAAUGAUCGUGAUGAAGAGGGUGACGAUACUAUUCCAUUUUAAGGUGAUGACUAUAUUAUUCUUACCAAAAAAUUUUAUUCUAUAUAUAUAUAUUAGAAAAAUGACAAAAUAUUACAUUUCAAUAUAUUCUUGUCCUCCUUUUUUAUGCUAAGUUAUGCACUUAAGUAAUGUAUGUUUCUACUACCCUGCUAGCUAGUCUUGGUUUUAUUUUGAUACGUGAUUUUUAAUGCUUUAAGAAAUGAUCAACAUACGCAUUUUAUGUUCUAAUAAUUUUUGGUAUUGUUAACUGCUAGCUAGUCUUAUGUUCCUUACCACCUU